UUUUUUUUUUAAGUUCACUAGCGCACCUAAACGUCUAGAUGUGUGGUACCCAACCGUAUACCUACCCUUCCCCUGGUAACCCAGCUGGGCGCCCUAAACUUAAACUUUAUGGGAUCGUGGCUCCGAGGCGCCGCUAUUUCUUCCUCUUGCUACCUCCUCUUUACUCUCCUUGCUCCUUCGACGUGGGCGCCCCCGUCUUGCUUGUUGCUUAGGUCUUGGAACCUAUUCGUGGCGACCGAGGCGAAAACGGAAACGCGGGUUCGGGCGGCGGCGGCGGUCUUGGCUUGGAGGAGACGAGACGGCGCACAUGACGGGUUCGAAAUCCUUUCGGUGACUGUUAUCGCGGGAUUGGUGUUGGUCUGGUCCGGUGAUAAGGGACCGAGACGAGGCGGGCAGGCGACGGGGAGAGAGGGGAUGGGGUGGGAUGUUGGUAAGACUGGCGCCUCCUUGUUCGUACUUCGUAUCGCUGGUAACAGGAUUCGCGAGGACUCGCGAAGCGGAGGGGAUACCUAUAGAUUAAGUGACGUGAGGUAAGGCGAGGCGAGGCGAGGUUAGGUUGGCUGGGUCCGGCGGAUUAGGCGUCGCUAGAGGAUAGGUGGUAAAGCCGAGAAGUGGUAUGGGAGGAGGGAAGUACGUAA